ACACACACACACACACACACACUCACUACAGUGCCUCUGCUGGACGCUGCAUUUCCUCGUCUCUCUUCUCUCUUAUUUUUAGUGGCAGGAGUGGAUCCUGAACCCUGCAUCUAAUUAAAUCAACCCAAACUCAGCACUGACUGGAGACACUCGUUUUGCACAUGUCCUGACUAAAAAAAUGAGACCGCAGGCUGGUUUGGAGAGCAGAAAUCCUUCAUGAUGAGGAUUCUGCCUACUAAUUUGAAAGGAACAAGAAGGAAGUGCAGGUUGUCAACUUCCUGCUGUGGUAUUUGAUUAGGUCUGUGGACAUCAGCCUGACGUUUUUUUUGGACUUGGACAUUUUUCAGGCGCCUUGAGGAAGACAUCAGAAGGAGCCGGAGCUUUGCUGAGGCGGCUUGUGCUUUUCUCUCCGUCCGUUAAAAUAUCCCAGCAUCCUCAAACUAAUCACGGCUCCCUGGCAUCGAGCCGGGGCAUCUUCCCAAAACCAAGGGGAAGGCUGGCCGUCGCGGAGCCAGACGGUGUCUGCAGCUCCAGCUGAGGGCGGCGAAGGCGGCAUGGCUGCACGCGGGCUGUGGGCCGAGUGCUGGGAGCACACAGCCGGGCUGUGGCAGGAGCUGAGGGACAACCAGCUGCUCAAGUACGGAGCCAUCACCACCGUCUCGGCCGUCAGUCUGGUCGUACUGAGGAAGUGGGUCGCCGGCGGCGUGUGCCACAGCCAGGCGAAACUUCACGGAAAGACGGUGGUUAUCACCGGCGCCAACACAGGCAUUGGCAAGGAGACGGCGUUGGACAUGGCCAGGAGAGGGGCCCGGGUGGUGAUGGCCUGCAGGGAUCUGUCCAAGGCGGAGCAGGCCGCCUCCGAGAUCCGCCAGGCGACAGGAAACAGCGAGGUGUUGGUGCGACACCUGGACCUGUCCUCCCUCCGCUCGGUGCGACACUUCAGCACCGAGCUGCGAGCCGCCGAGAAGCGCCUGGACAUCCUCAUCAACAACGCAGGGGUGAUGAUGUGUCCUAAAAUGCUGACAGACGACGGCUUUGAGAUGCAGCUGGGUGUCAAUCACCUGGGUCACUUCCUGCUGACCAAUCUGCUGCUGGAGCUGCUGAAGAGCUCCGCCCCCAGCCGCGUGGUCACCGUCUCCAGCGUCGUCCACGACAGAGGGAAGAUCCACUUUGACGACCUGCACUUUGAGAGGACGCCCUACAGCCCCCUGACCAGCUACAGGCAGAGCAAGCUGGCCAACAUCCUGUUCACCAGAGAGCUGGCCAGCAGGACCCGAGGUUCGGGGGUGACGUGCCUCUGCCUGCACCCCGGGGUGAUCCGCUCCGAGCUGGGCCGGCACGUGGAGACCCGCUGGCCGGCGGCGGCGGCGCUGCUGCGGCUGCCCGCCCUGCUGCUUAUGAAGACGCCACGGGAGGGAGCGCAGACCUCCAUCUACUGCGCCGUGACGCCCGGCCUGGAGGAGCACAGCGGCUGCUACUUCAGUGACUGCAGGGUGAAGAGGCCAGCUCCUGAGGCCAGAGAUGACCUCACUGCCCGAAGAUUAUGGGAUGUCAGCGCCCGGCUGGUCAAUCACUAUAGCAACUGAAGGCAACCAGCACCGCCCCCUUAGUAGUACUACUAAUUAUACUACUAUUACUACAGUUACUACUACUGCAAAUUGAACUAUUACUACUGCUACCACUACUACUGUUACUACCAUUAUUAUUAUUAAUAC